AUGUAUGUAGAUAUAUAUACAUAUGUAUAAAGCCUAUAUUUGGAUUGUGUGUUGUUUGGUUUUUGAGCGGCUUGCGGUGAUCUAGGAACAUAUUGAGAGUGUUAGUUAUUCGCUGACCACAAAUCAUGAAUGACCGCAAGCAACUUAAAAUGGAUAAUUUUGAGGAUGAUCGCAGUGCUCUGAUUGAAGAGAGCCGCACAAAAACCAGUAGCCAUGAUUUAAGGUUGGACGCAACAACUUCUUCAAACGCAAAUCACAACGCCAAUGAAGAAGACACAACGUCGUCUAUGAUGGGACUGUCACUGUGGCAAAAAUCUCGUUACUAUUUGGUAGAGCCGACGGUUUUAAUUUUGGUUUUUGCCUAUAAUUUAUCGGCAACCGUUUGGAAAAACCAAAUAAUUCUUCAAACAUGUACGACGAUAUUCCAUCACAAUGCAACGGAUUGUAAAAAAUUGUCAACAAAAAACGCCAGCGAUUAUAUUAAGUCAAUCGAAACGGAAGUUCAAUCGUAUACGGUGGUCUUCUUUAUGACAAACUCCCUGAUACAAAGUAUUGUACCUGCUCUUUGUGGCACUUUUGUUGGAGCUUGGUCGGAUCGCUUUGGACGCAAACCUCUGCUGAGAGCUUCAUUUACGGGUUACUUUCUGUUCUAUGCCUUAACCUGUCUUAUCAGUCAUUUAUCGGAUUUAUACGAAGUUGAUCCAUGGUUUUAUAUCCUGCCUUCAAUACCGCUAUCUUUAUUGGGAGAUGGCGUUACAUAUUCAGUAGCUACCUAUUGCUACAUAUCGGAUGUUUCUUCACCCAAAGAGAGACCGUAUAGAAUGAACUUAUACGAAGCAGUCAUUUACAUUGGCCUUAUGAUGGGUUCAUUUACAUCGGGUUACAUUUACAACGCAUACGAAUCAUCAACACUGAUAUUUUUCAUAUCAUCAAUGUGUAUUCUGGCGGCAACCUUAGUUGUUAUAUUUAUAAUACCUGAAAGCUUGAAUAUACGCCAAACAUCGCCAGCAGAUGUGGUCCAUGAAUUUGAAAAUCCUCAAACCUCGACAAACAUUAUCAACACCACAGACAACAAUACGGAAGUUGUGGAUGACAAAAAGGACACAACACUUCACGCAGAAGAAGAACAACCAAAAGUAGAGGAAAAUAACCAACGUUCCACAAAUCGUCUGCGAAAAUUAUUCGAUAUUGAUCACCUCAAGGCAAUGUAUUCAACCUGUUUCAAGUUGAGAGAUUUUGAAACACGUUCGGUCAUCUUGCUGAUUGUGGCAUGUUUAUUGACGUGUGCCUUUGUCGUGGAGGGAUCGACGACCGUAUUUUAUUUAUUUGUGCGUGAGAAAUUCCAGUGGACCGUUAAAGAUUUUACCACAUACGAAACGAUAAGUAUUCUGAUACCGAUAUUGGGUAAUAUUUUCGGUGUGUGGCUGCUAAGGAGGGUCUUCAAAAUGAAAAUCCUCACAGUGGCCAUUUACGCUUUGCUCUCACAAACGUUUAGCAGUUUAAUGAAAGGCUUUGCUGCCGUUAAUUGGCAAUUGUAUUUAGCCAUUGCAUUGGGCGUUCUCAAGUCUGUUGUCAAUCCAAUGCUGAGAACGGUCUUGACAAAUCUCCUGCCUGCCAAUGAAUUGGGAAAAAUCUUUUCAUUUAUUAGUGCCAUUCAAGCCUUUUUGCCAUUUGUGGCAUCACCAUUGUAUACUGUGAUCUAUCGUUCAACACUUGUCACAUUUCCGGGACUGUUUAAUAUUAUCAAUGCAAAUCUAUUUAUGAUGGCCAUUGGUUUUAUAUUAGUAAUUUUACGUAAACAGCAAAAAUAUCCCGAACAUUAUACAGCGAUUUUAAACUGAUCUGAUUCGUGCCUUGCUCCAGAGAGGAAAUUUUUGUCCAAAAAUGCCAUUUGUUUGAAAUUGAAAUACAUUUAUUUAAUUUGUAAUAAAAGUAAUUAAUAAAAAAAACAAGGUAAUUUUAUAUACAUUCAAU